AUGUGUGGAGAAGGAAGAGAAGAAGUAGAAAGUGGAGAAGGAGAAGAAAAGGAAGGAGGAGGGGAAGAAGGACAAAGAGAAGAACCAGAAGAAGAGUAUGAAGAAGAAGAAGAAGAAGACGAAGAAGAAGGAGAAAAAGAGGAAGGAGAAAAAGAAGAAAAAGGAGGAAAGAGAAGAAGAGAAAAAGAAGAGGAUAAAGAGUCUGACCUAAAACCGAUGGUCGAACACACAUUCGAGCACGCACGUGUUCCAACUACACUAGGAGAUCUCUUUUCAAUGAGCUAUCGAGGAGGAGUAUUUCGUCCCAUCUACGAAGAAACGGUCAACUCUCUUAACAAGAUGCCAAUAGACAAGUUGUUCGACGGAGAUGUCAGCGGGAUACCGGUCCUCACCAUACCCGACGACGAGGCUAACAGAUGUGUCAUCUUGCAAGGGGCCCAUCGAUUCUCUUCGCUCUUGUCCCGAAAGCUCACCGAAGAAGAGAAGAAACACAGAAUUCUUGUUGACGUAUACUGUGUGGGGCCAGAAAAUUUCGAGAAUUUGUCUUCGGCUACGGAGGGACUGGUACAAGAACCAACUGAAACAGCAAAAGAGCAGUCAGGGUUGUUUGCUUUCAUGAUGAGCCCGCUGACACAAAGUUCUUUCUUCCGUGAUUUCGAGAAGAUCCCAACACGGAACGGAUUCCAUCGGAUAAUCUUUCUGGCGUCGUUGCAAAAUGAUGCUUCUUGCGCCCGAUUGAUUGAGGAACUCGAAUCCAAAAGACUCACCAAACCUGCAAUCGUCAUCGUCGCUGUCGUCGCGCCUGCGGUCUCUUCACACCAACGCUUGUCGACUCUGAAGCCGGCCUUCGUAAAGCCACAUGAAACUGUCACCGCUGCCAACGCAUCUUAUGUGACUGACGGAACAUCUGCUGCUCUCAUUAUGACUGAGGAAUACGCUCUCGCCAACGGAUUCAAGCCAAAGGCAUAUUUGAGAGACUAUUUGUAUGUUGCACAGGAUCCAAAGGACCAACUCUUGCUUUCCCCAGCCUACGUCAUUUCAAAGCUUCUCGACAAAGAUGGACUCGGAGUUGGAGUCCUUACUCCUUGUGGAACUUCAUCUCACAUGGCUAAGAUUUGGGACAACGAUGAUAACCGUUUUCGGACGAUCAUGAUGUCACCAGGAGGAAGCAUAUUCUAG